GGUUUGUUUGUAUAUCUCUCUAUAUAUAUUCAAGUAGUCAUUGUUUCCAAGCACCAUAUCGAUCAAUUAAUAGAUCACUUUUGCCUAGGUCUGGUGUUCUUAGUUAAUUUCUUUUUUUGUAUCCAGUUCUAUAGCUAAGCCUAACCAACUAUGUAGUACUACUAAUUAGCUAUACUCCUCUCACAAUUAUAACAAAAAUAUAUAACCUCAUAUAUAUAUCUACUAUCUAUAUCCAAGUCUCGAGAGAGUUUAUAAUAUUAUAUAUAUAAUGGACGACAGAAUAGAGCAAUCAGCGGAAAGAAAUCAUGAAUUGAAUGGUCAUGAUGAGAACCUAAACGACUUGGUGUCCGUUCAGAACCCAACAAAACGUCACAGUGUUUAUCUUAGCCCUUCCUUUCUUUGGAAACUCUCUAAGACUCAUUACAGUUCUGGUCUUCUUAGAAAGAUGAUGGCGGAGAUUGUAUCGACAUUUUUGCUGGUGUUUAUGACGUGUGGGGCGGCUGCUAUUAGUGCAAGUGAUAACCAAAGAGUGUCUCAGCUGGGAGCAUCGAUUGUGGGUGGCUUAAUUGUCACUGUCAUGAUAUAUUCUGUGGGUCAUAUCUCUGGUGCACACAUGAAUCCUGCUGUUACUCUAGCUUUUGCUACUUUUCUACAUUUUCCAUGGAAGCUGGUUCCAUUUUACGUUUUUGCCCAAUUAACGGGAGCUAUAUCAGCAGCUUUAGCGUUACGUGAAUUAUUGUACCCAAUACAUCAUAUUGGGACAACGACACCUUCUGGAUCUGAUUCUCAAGCUUUAGGAAUGGAGAUUGUUGUAACAUUUUCCAUGAUGUUUGUCACUGCAGCUGUUGCAACUGAUGCCAAAGCUGUAGGAGAGCUUGCAGGUUUAGCUGUAGGUUCAGCCGUGUGCAUUACUUCAAUCUUAGCUGGGCCAGUAUCAGGUGGGUCGAUGAACCCAGCAAGAACAUUGGGCCCAGCGAUUGCGAGUGGAGAGUACAAAGGGCUUUGGGUAUACAUAGUGGGCCCAGUUAUGGGAACAUUAAUGGGCUCAUGGUUUUACAAGAUUAUUCAGUUGAGUGAACGCAAGCCCAUUAUAUCCCCAUCUUUGUCAAUUAAACUUCGUCGAAUGAUGAGCAACGUUGAUAAUAAUGGGCAACUUGAAACCAAAGAGCGUGUCACUUCAGUCUAAUAAGUUAGGGCUAUUUUGCUUAAUAAUAUGUUUUGUGUACUUUUCUCUAUGUUAAUGUGAUGGUAAGUAAUUUUAUGAUAAAUAAAUAAUAAUGUUUAAAACUAAA